CCAGAGGGUUACUCAUCCAAAAUAAAACAAGGUUGUACCGAGAGAGAUUGAGCCUUUUCUUAUCAGAGACUGGUUCUUCACGUAGAUUCCGGGUAAGUUAUCAUAACGAUCUUUAUUAUUUCGAGCUAGACAGAUUCUUGAUUUCAUAGUGUUUAAUUUGUUUCAUCUUUCUCUUUAGAUUCUGUUCUAGUCAAGGUAGAAAUGGCUCGAAUUGUUUAAUCUUUAUUUUCAUUUUUGGAUGGCCCUGUUCUUAGAGUUAUCUUUGAUAUUCGGCCUUUUUUGUUUGAGUCGAGCUUCUAGGAAAAGGUUUGUAGCAUUGAAGUGGAAAAGUGACGAAUUCAUUCACUUUACUAACCUUACCGGCCCUAGCUUUGUUCUUUGAGUUUGUUUCAGGUAAACUCUCUCAGAUUGUCGUCUUUUUUCAAUAUUCCAAUUGAGUUUCGCUAUGGUGUGGGUUCCAUUUCCCAAUCUCUUGGGACUUCCUUUUGUAAUAUCUGCAGGAGACGAUGGAGCAAAUCAGGUCAAAUUCUAUCGCUUCAUCGUCCUGUUCCCUGGAUCCUCUACCAGCUGUAGAGUACGAGGUUUUCCUGAGUUUUAGAGGUCCUGACGUCCGCACGACUUUCGCCAAUUUCCUCCAUAAAUUCCUGAAUGGUAAAAAAAUACGAACCUUUUUUGACGAUGAAGCACUUCGCAAGGGGGAAGAGACUGACGGUUCUCUCGCCAAGGCAAUUGGGGAGUCCAGAAUAUACAUCCCGAUCCUUUCCAAAGGCUACGCAUCUAGCAAAUGGUGCCUCAAUGAGCUAGCUCUGAUGGUGCAACAUUGCAAAAAAGAUGAAGGUCGUCACACCAUCCUGCCCAUUUUCUAUCUCAUAGAGCCUAGAGAUGUGCGGCACUGUACGGGUUCCUAUGAGGAGGCAAUGGAACAACAGAGUGAGAAAUAUGACGAAGAAACCAUUGAGGCCUGGAAGGAGGCUCUCAAUGCGGUCGGGCAAAUCAAAGGAUGGAGCGUGAACGAGUCAGAUGGACAGGGAACAGUGGCAGAAUUAGUUUACUCUAGGGUGUGGCCACUGGUACACGAGAACUACAAGUUAGUGACGAAUGAGUUGAUUGGAAUCGAUUCUCACGUAAACCAAGUGAUAGAAUUGCUGAAGUUAGAAAGCGGCAUCAAUAUUGUAGGCAUUCAUGGUAUGGGUGGUAUCGGCAAGACCACUAUUGCCAAGGCCGUCCAUGACAAGGUCAUUACACAAUUUGAUCGUCGUUGUUUUCUGGAAAAUGCAGGAGAAAUACUAUCGUCACAGAAUGACGGCAUUACAACUUUGCAGAGUAAGAUUAUUUUUAGUAUUCUAGGGGAAGAUUGCAAGCUUAGAAGUGCAGGUGAAGGAAUCAAUAUUAUAAAAAAUAGAGUAUGCCCCUGCAAGGUUCUCAUUAUUCUUGAUGAUGUGGAUGAUCGGUUUGAGUUUGAGCAAAUCUUAGGUGAAGUAAGGAAUUUUUCUCAUGAAAGUAGAUUUAUCAUCACAACAAGAGAUAAAAGGGUGUUGGAUUUGCUUCAGGUAUCUAAGUUUUAUGAACCUGAAGGGAUGAGUCAUGACCAUUCCCUUCAACUUCUUCUAAGACAUGCUUUUAGAAUGGAUAAACCCCGAGAGGACAGGGAAACUCUGUGUGAGAAGUUUGUAAAAGCUGCAGCGGGGCUUCCUUUGACUCUUGAAGUGAUAGGGUCGCUUUUGUUUCGUACAGAUCUAGAAUCCUGGGAAGAUAAUUUGAGAAAACUAGAGGGAAUACCUCCCAGCAAGGUGCAAGAGAGAUUGAAAAUAAGCUAUGAUACGUUGGAUGCUAAUGAAAAGAAAAUCUUUCUCGACAUUGCUUGUUUUUUUGUAGGAAUAAACAAGGAAUAUCCUUUCUAUAUGUGGAAGAAUUGUGAAUUUUAUCCUGGAAGUGGAAUUAGAACUCUCAUUUUGAGGUCCUUGAUAAAGUUGGAUGAGGGUAAUGUAUUCUGGAUGCAUGACCAUUUAAGGGACCUUGGGAGAAAGAUUGUUCAUGAGGAAGAUGAUCAACAUCCAUGGAAGCGCACAAGAAUAUGGUCCAACGAGGAUGCGGUAGAUAUGUUACGCAAUGGAGAGGGAACUGAACGGUUGGAAGUUCUUAGAGUUAACAUGGCAGAUGAGAAUUUUGAGCUUACGGAAAAUAAGUUUCUGAAAUUGUCCGGAUUAAGGUAUCUUGAGGUGUACUUUGGAAGGCUGAUCGGAGAUUUCAAGAAGAAUCUUCGGAAUCUAAGUUGGCUAAGUCUCUAUGACUGUCGUUCAAUCCCUACUGAUUUCAAUAUGAAGAAAUUGGUGAUUCUUAGUAUGAAGGGUUGCCCGGUAGGAGAUGACUGGAGAGGUUGGGACAGAAUCAAGGAUGAACACAGGCUGAAAGUUAUAAGUUUAUCGUCUUGCGACAAUGUGACAAAAGUCCCGGAUUUGUUCGGAUGUACAAGUCUAGAACAUGUACAUUUCCGGGCUUGCUGGAAGCUGGGCGGAGAACUUCACAUUGGCAGUUUCAAAGAUCUGAGAGUGCUAAAGCUUGGCUAUACUAAGAUAAUAAAGUUAACAGGUGACAUUGGAAGGCUUCAGAAUCUGCAAGAGAUCCGUGUAGAACAUUCGGGCUUGAGAGAAAUUCCUGCCAGCAUUGGUAAACUUUCCUCCCUCAAGAUCUUGGACCUAAAAGAGAUGGACAUUGUAGUGCCAGAGCUCCCCACAAGUUUAAAGUGGCUAACCCUCUCACUCACCUCGCCUGGGGUUCCCAAUCUCUCGGAGCUCAAGGACUUGGAGUGGCUAUCAUGGACUUGUUACGCACUCGACUUUUCUGCAAACUGGUGGAAGCUGUCCAAGUUGAAGAACCUGACGUUGAAGCUGUUAUACGAGGAAUCAGUCAAUCCCAACUACCAAUAUCCUUACUCUCCACGACGUGGUAUGAUAGCCCUUAUCUCUUCCUCGGCUUCCCUUCCGUCAUCACUAAAUACCCUAUCGAUCUCAGGUUCUCGCUUUCAGCAUUUGGAGAGACUGCCGAACCUUGUGAAUCUGAGAAAUUUGAGGAAUCUAUUUCUGGAGUAUAUUGGGGCACAUAAGAUCGUUGGUCUGGGAGAGCUGAGCAUGUUGCAGAAGUUCCACUUAAGCAAUGCUCCAAAUCUAAUUAAUCUCGAUGGUCUCGAACAUCUAGAGCUUCUGAAGACUCUGACGGUGAGUGAUUGUGAUGUACUGAGAAAACUGCCCAGCUUGUCAAAUUUGAUCAUGUUACGGGAGCUCCAGAUCCUUUAUUGCCCACUCCUCUCGGAAAUCCAAGGGCUUGGAAGACUGGCCAGCUUAUCAUAUCUAAAGAUCCAUGGAUGUUAUCGGUUGACUCGUGUGACGGGGCUUGACAAAUUGGAGUCACUGCAAGCAUUGAAGAUUAAUUAUUGCACUUCGAUUGAGUGGCUGCAUGAUCUAUCUGCUUUGGAGCACUUGCGGGAGUUGAACAGCGAGGGAUGCAAUCAAUUGACUGAGAUGAUGGGGAUUGACAAAUUGGAGUCGUUGCAAGAAUUGGUGGUUACUGAGUGCGCGAUUGAGGAGCUGCCUGAUCUAUCUGCUCUGGUGCUCUUGCAGAAGUUGAAUAUCUCUGAAUGCAAUGAGUUGACUGAGGUGAAGGGGCUUGACAAAUUGCACUCAUUGCGAAUAUUGAGGAUUACUGAUUGCGCUUCGAUUAAGAAGCUGCCUGAUCUAUCUGCUUUCAAGCACUUGCAGGAGUUGACAAUUACUGGAUGCAAUCAGUUGACAGAAGUUACUGGGAUUGAGAGAUUGGAGGGGUCAAGAUAUCUAACGAUUGAUGAAAGGCUGAAGACGAGUGAAACGAUGGUACAAUCGGAGCAUGAGAGAUUGGAGCCGUUGCAUAGGGAUAACAAUUCACGCCCGAAGAUUUGGUCCAGAAUCCUCAGCUGCUGGGGAGUUUGUCUCAAAGACAGUGACAUGGAAUGGCUGUAGACAUGUUGGGGAGGGGAAUUGUCAAAGGAGUAUCUGAGAGAAGCAGAUGGAGAAGAAACUCCAAAAAUUGCUGCAAAGUCCGAACACUUGAAGGUUGUAAAGCUUAAGCAUUUUGAUUGAUUUUGUGAACUUGAGGGUCUGAAGACUGCCGCGAAGAUCAGAUAGUUUAUGUGAACAAAUGAUGGGUUCUGGUUCCAUGUUUGCUUUCUUGCAAUGUAUAGUUUUUGGCUUCUCUAGCUACUACUUAGUGGUUCUGAGGAAUUAGGUGAAUGAUGAUAAGUAUAUUUGCUUGAAUGACAUUUGUUGGCUGCAGAAUUUUCCUUGCUGACAUAACUUUUCUCUCGUUGAGGAAGAGUUCCAACUCCUUAUUUCCUUGCUCCUGGUGUGAAAAGACCGAGAAAUGAUCUAUGGCGAAUCACUCUACUGAUAUCUACGGUGAUGCAACUUGCAACCCCUGCUAUCUAGCUGCUGUUCUUCCUACUGGGAUGGCGGAUGAAUAUAUAUAACCAGAUGAAGAACAGAAUCCACUCGAAUGAGAGCCAAAGCGGAGAGCUGCUGCCUGCUUGCUGGUCGUGAUUUUGAUCCUAAUGAAAGUUACAUCCUUUCUUUCUGGCUUGGGAUGAGAUGGAGGAGCUCAAAUUUGGGGGAGUCUUUAUCCUCUGGGAAAAUCAGAGGUUGUCCCAAUGCUGCAAGUGUUGUGCUUCUGCUUUCUGUCCAAAUUAGCCAAACUAGCGAAGUUUUAACCGUUGUUCUUGGGGCUAUUCGGGUUUGGUAAGUCGAGAUUCUCUUUCUUUUUGUCUCAUGUUUGAUGUGUCAUUUGCGUUUUGUGUUGGAACUGGGAGCUGAUCAACAUUUGGGAAGCUAGUGCAUCUUUUUUAAGAGUGGUUUCAAAGGUAAUUUUUUAUAUGGGUUGACUUCUGUCUCCCUGCCAACCUUCAGGCAGAAGUCUCUGAAGGAUGCCAAACGUAUGAAUGAAGCUCUGAAGGUUUUCAUCAUCAUCAUGAAUCUCUAAUUACUAGUUACUACGAGAGUAGUCCAAAACUCAUGUUUCACUUGAUCAUCGGCAGCUUAUUUUCAUUGGUGUAAUGCUAAAAUGCUCCCUCAUUGCCAAACUUAUUCUGAUGAAAUCUCAGUCUCUCAUCAUUCUUAACCCUUAGUCAAUAAGCUGCUGCUCUUAAUAUCAUUUGCCUUGUUCCUCUGUUAAUACCCGGAGCAGCAGUAGGGAUUGAUUGAGACGCUCGCGGAAGUUAUCCCGGCGAGGCUUUGGAACGAGCAUUGCUCGCGGAAGGUCCGAUUCGUGUAGCAAUGAAGUUUGUUUGCUGGAGCGAGGGAGCGACACGGUGGCAGGUGAUUGCAUGGUGCUUAUCGGAGACUGGUUUUGCGCUUCUAUUCCGGGUAAGUUAUCAUUACGAUCUCUUAUCAUUUUGAUCCAUGCCCAUGAGCUAGACAGAUUCUUGAUUUCAUAGUGUUUCUUUUGUAUUUCAGAUUCUGUUCUAGACAAGGUAGAGCUGGCUCGAGCUUCUAGGAAAAAGGUUUGUAGCAUUGAAUGGAAAAGGGAGGAAUUCAUUCAUCUUACUAACCUUAACGAGUUUAGCUUUGUUCUUCUAGUUUGUUUCAGGUAAGGCUUGUUAUUAAUCUUGAAGGUUAGAUGUUUAUUAAUUAGUAGGCAAGGUUUGUUCUUAAUUAAUAGAGUUUCCUUUUGUUUACCAGUCUGUUCUAUAGUAUUCAUACGAGCUGUGGUGAAGAUCUAACAGGCUGUGGUUUAGUUAUCCCUUUUCUUGCUUCUACUCGUUUUGCUAACUAAUUUGGCUUACCGUUCUCCGUGUCCCAUUUCACUAUUGGCAGUGUGGAUCUAAGAUCGGGAAAUGUAGUGACCCCUUUACCACCAAAAGCGACCUUUUUGAACGACCCUCUUCAAGUUCUUCGGGCUAUUCGGUUCAGGAAGUCGAGGUUCUCUUUCUUUCGUGUCAUGGUUCAUGUGUUGUUUGCAUUCGUGUUGGAACUAGGAGGUGAUCGACAUUUAGGAAGCUAGUGCAUUUUAUAAAAAAAAGUCGUUUCAUGCUGUUUAGAAGAAGUAAUUUUCCCUCCCUCGUUACUAUUCCCGCUUCAAGUUCUGAGGUUGCACCAUGAGAAUAUAAAUAUCUUGUUAACUGAUUGCUUGUUUGUGGCAUCGUGACUAUGACAGAUUGAUGAAAUGAUCUCUGGCAAGUGGCAAUCAACCUGUCGAAGCUGUCACACAUAGCUGAUUUGACAUUUUAUUGCGCUGUCUUCCGUCUCCCCCAACCUUUGAUGUAAAAGUCUCUGAAGGAUGCCAAAUGUAUGAAUGAAAAUCCGAGUAAUAUGGAUAGUCUGCCUGCAUAGAGCAGCUUCUCAUCUGCUUGAAGUGUUACAAGUUUUGAGAAAUCUGAUGGGACUAAGUCUGUUUCAGAUUCGAGCAUGUGAGAUUCCUGGCUUGGUGUAUUUGGGAAAGGCUGGAAACUUUGUGGAUAUUUGGGGCUCCGAACCUAGUUAAUCUCGAUGGCCUUGAACAUCUCCGGCUUCUGAAGACAAUCUUCGCCUCCGAAGCUUUACCUGGAUGCAUCUUGGAGCCUGGUUCGCCCGACUGGAUGUGCUUCAAUUCACUGUAAUUCCUUUCCGCAUGAUCUUGCCAUUCUAUGCUUGUUCUUUCUGCAACCUUAAGAAUCGAAUUUCCCAUACACAUUUCAUGGAUCUGUUGACAUUUCAAAUUCAGCACAAGCAAAAGGCGAUGUACUUUAUAUGCACAGCUCCAUUUCUUCCUUGCAGAACGAUUACAUUAUUCAUCUCUUUUCUGCACAAGAACAGAGUUUCAUGCAGCUUUCUGAAGAGUCUAAAAUGGUUUGCUUAUUUUGAUGCAACCAAUCUAAUGUAUGCUGGCCCAGCCCGUUUAGCUAUUUUAUGAACAGCUAAGUGGGCUGCAGGAUAAAGCCCAUGUUAGAUC